AUGAAUCAAAUGCAACAACGUAAGAAAAACUCUGGCGACUUACGCAAGGAUUUGAUAAAAUGUAAACAUAGAGAUUAUCUAGCAAAGAUUAAACAUUCCCUCGUCGACAACCCAAAACUGUUUUGGUCAUACCAUAAAGCAAUACACUCAAGUAAAUGUCAAUCAACCGUCCUCACCCAUGACAACAAAAUAGCUACAACUAUUGGUGAAAAAGUACAAUUGUUUAACUUGUAUUUCUCCUCAGUGUUUGGACCAAAGUUGGACCUGGAUUGUUUGCUGUUGAGUAAUGAGCCUCGAACAGAUAUGCAAAUCUUUGAAAUUCAACUUGAAGUUAAUGAGGUUUAUGAAUAUUUAAGAACACUCGAUACAACAAAAGCACAUGGUCCCGAUGGCAUUCCUGCUUGCAUAUUAAAGGAUGUGCUACUUUGUGUUCUCUUUUCAAUAAAUCACUUAAAGAUAGCUGUGUUCCUGACAAAUGGAAAAAGUCCAAUGUUACUCUAG